AUGCUCCGCAUAGGCUUCAGGCUUGUCGGUAGCGCGCAGCCCUAUAGAACGAACGACCAGUACCAGUCGCUAGCAGGCAGAGAGGAGGGCAGGCUUGAACCCAGAGCCGCUAACCGAUCGAACCAUCAGAUCUCCGCCACAUCAAGAACCUCCCCGCUCCUCCCAGACAAAGCGCGACCGGGGAUCAUGUCAAGCAAGGCCGCAUUGAAGGCUGUUAGGACAGCUUUGGACGCCAAGGACUAUGUUGGUGCUGCUGAGAAGGCCAGGGCCAUCGUUCAGGGCGAUCCCCAAAAUUAUCAUGCAAAUGUUUUCCUUGGACUUGCAAACGACAGACUGAACAACUUUGAGGCGUCAGAAGCGGCAUAUUUGGCUGCAACGAGGAUCAAGGAUAGCGAUCGCACUGCAUGGCAAGGAUUGAUCAACUUGUACGAAAAGCAGGGCGGGUCAAAGCUGGAUGCAUACCAUCACGCGGUGCUGAAGCUUGGUAUCAUUUUCGCAGAUAGUAAUGAGAAAGAACGAUGCCAGGAUGUCGUUGACAAGUACAUCAAAUUGGCUCGCAAGCAAAACGAUAAAGCUCAAUACCGCAAGGCUCUCGAACUUCAACUCCCUAAUUCUCCCCUCUACUCUUUCCUUGAAGGCCGACUCGCUCAUCCGUCCCUCACCUAUCUUCGUAUGAUCGAGAUCACUGAAUCGCUCGAAAAAGAAUACAUCAACCGAGAGAUUGGUGAACGAAGGACCCGCCUGGGUGCGACUAAAGAAAAUGUUACUCUGGAAGUGAAACGGGACGCUUUCAGAAAAAGCCAGCUCGAGGAUCUGUACCGUGGUAUCAUCGACUGGACUAACGAUGAUGCCAUUCGUCGCCAGUACGAAGAGAAGCUGCUGACUCGUGCUUACGAGGAGCUCGAGUUCCUUGGCGCAGGGAAAAAGCCAGCCAAAAGGAAGGAGGUCCUGCGUGCGGCGCAAGACAUGGUUAUCAUCAAACAUCCCUUCGAGCUUGCUUGGAACAUCGUGCUUGAGUGGAAAGAUAUCGAAUCAUACUCCGAAUGGGAUCUUGGUGUAUUGCGCGAAUACAUUGAGUUUUUCCCCGACACCGGGUUGGCAAAGGUCCUGAAGGGGUUCCUUGCGAGUGAAUUGUCUCCAUUCCCGCAGGAGGAGACUGACAAUGGAAAGCCACUGGACAAGAGUGACUCCCGCAAAGAUGCCGAAAGUUCUGAGACUGUCGACUCUUUCGACGCUGGUGAAGCCAACCAUGCAGGAUUUGCGGACACGCUGAUUCUUAUGACCGAGGGCCUUGAGGCAGCCCCGUCUUCAACAAUUGCUCAUCGCAUCAUGGCUGACCUCUAUUUAUUUCUCGAGGAAUACGAGAGCGCGGUAAAUGUUGCUCGCAAAGGUCUUCGAAACGUGGCCAACUUUGUCAAAUUGACUGGCUGGAAGUCCCAAAACACUAUGGAUGCCUUGAAUAUCAUUCUUGCGAACGCCCUAAUCUCAUACCAAUCGCCGAGACACCACCCAGAAGCGAGGUCUAUUUUCGAACAGAUCCUCCAACAGAAGCCUACCUCUACAGUUUGUCUCUUGGGCAUCGGUCUUGUUUUGAAGGUCGACCAGGAUUAUCAAAAUGCGGCAGACUUCUUGAGCCGUGCAUUGGAGCGCGACCCCAGCAACGUUAAAAUCCGUGGCGAGUUGUUCUGGUGUAAGGCUCUAAGCGGUGAUUUGGAGACCAGUCUAGACGGCCUGCAGAGCGCUCUCGAUCACCUGAACGAGCAGCAACCACGAAACAAAUCCUUUAAAUCGGAGCUUCUGUACCGAAUAGGCUACUGUCAAUGGCAGUUGGACUCUUCUAUAGCAGCGCGUAAGGAUCGCAAUGGCGCAUAUGCCAGCUUCCUGGCCUCCAUCAAGGCCAACAUGAAUUUUGCACCAGCAUACACCAGCCUCGGAUUCUACUAUGCAGACUACAAGAAAGACAAGCCUCGAGCACGCAGAUGUUUCCACAAGGCUUUCGAGCUGUCUGCCGCGGAAACAGAAGCUGCAGAACGACUUGCAAGAGGCUUCGCAGAUCAGAAGGAAUGGGAUCUGGUCGAGGCAGUUGCGCAGAGGGUCGUUGAUUCGGGAUAUGCUAAGCCAGCCCCAGGUUCAAAAAGAAUGGGGUACAGCUGGCCAUAUGCAGCUCUUGGCACUGUUCAAAUCAAUCGACAGCAAUAUGCGAAGAGCAUUGUCUCAUUCCAAGCCGCGUUGCGGAUCAGCCCCGAGGACUAUCAUUCCUGGGUCGGAUUGGCAGAAAGCUACCAUCACUCUGGUCGAUACAUUGCAGCCACGAAGGCUUUCGAACAUGCGCAAGAGCUGGAGUCGACACUGUCCAAGGACGAUCAAGAGCACAUCUGGUUCGCGAGGUAUAUGAUGGCCAAUGUGAAGCGUGAGCUCGGCAUGUACGAUGACGCAAUUGCGAGCUAUGAGAGUGUGCUCUCAGCUCGCCCCAACGACAUCGGCGUCUCAAUUGCACUCCUCCAGACCUUGACCGAAAGCUCGUGGAGAAGUCUCGAUUCGGGUCUAUUCAAUGAUGCUGCAGAGCUCGCUUGCAAGUCGAUUGAAGUAGCGGGGUCACUUGUGACUGUAGACAGCAAUAUUUUCAAUCUAUGGAAAUCGGUUGGAGAUGCUUGCUCGUACAUGACCUUCAUCAAGAAGAAAAUUGGAAAGCUUUCUUCUGUGGACUGCAAGUCUUUGCUGGAGUCUAAUCUUGACCCGACAGCUUUCGAUGUCAUGAAAGACAUUGAUGGUGUGGGUCAGGAUUGGCUCGCAAAUCAGAAUGAUGAGGACCAAUCGCCUGACUCAUGCGCCUUUAUGGCAAUUCUGGCCUACAAACGUUCCCUCUCCGUGUCAAAGCAGGACCCUCAUGCGCAAGCUGUUGCAUGGUACAACCUAGGCUGGGCGGAGCACAGGGCGUACAGGACUGUGCAGCGCGAACACGGGACAAAGAGCAAGAAGCCUCGAAAGUUCUUGAGGGCAUCAAUGCAAUGCUUUAAGCGCGCAAUUGAGUUGGAGGCUGGCAAUUCAGAGUUUUGGAACUCCCUUGCAGUCGUAACGACGGCCAUGAGUCCCAAAGUAGCCCAGCAUGCUUUCGUGAGAAGCCUCCAUCUGAAUGACCGAAGCGCACAAGUCUGGACAAACUUGGGUGCGCUGUACCUUCUGCAUAAUGAUAUUCAGCUUGCCAACGGGGCUUUUACGCGUGCCCAGUCGACUGAUCCAGAUUACGCUCAAGCGUGGGUUGGUCAAGGUCUUCUUGCGCUUCUCUACGGUGAUGCGGCCGAAGCGCGGGGACUCUUCGAGCAUGCCUUCGAUAUCGCGACUUCAUCUGCUAUGUUACCCAAGCGUCAAUACACCUUGACCCUGUUUGACCACCUUCUUGGAGAUUCUUCAGCAUCAAACGAAGUCUCACAGCUGAUCCAACCCUUCUUCGCUCUCCAACAGCUCUGCUCACAAGAUCCAUCCGACCUUCCCUUUAUGCAUCUCUCAGCCUUGUUGGCCGAAAGAAUGGGCGAAAUGGCCGACGCCGAAUCCAACCUAGAGGUUGUUUGCUCGGCUAUGGAGGCAGAUUUUGAGAGUACCGAGUCCCCUUCAUCACUCUUGAAAUUCGCCCAAGCAAGUGCGGACAUUGCUCGCGUGCUUCUUGCAAAUCAGCGUUAUGAAGAUGCCGCUGAAAAAGCUGAGAAUGCACUCACGCUGUCAGGAGAAGAUGAUGCUGAGUCGUUUGACACCGAUGUGUGCCGAAAACUAAGAUUAUCGGCACACCUCACGGCAGGCCUGGCAUUCUACUUCCUGAAAUCAAUGGAUCAAGCUAUUGACAUGUUUGGUCAAGCUCUUCAAGAAGCCGACAAUGACCCAGAUGUCGUCUGUCUUUUGGCCCAGGUACUAUGGGCAAAGGGCGGCGAAGAAGAGCGUUCUCUCGCACGCCAGCAACUAUUUGACUGUGUUGAGAGUAAUCCUGAGCACGUUGGGGCCGUAACGCUUCUCGGAGCGAUUGCACUUGUCGACGAAGAUCGUGAUGCCAUUGAUGCCGUUGAGGCUGACCUUCACAGUAUCAUCACGCGUGACGAUAUCGAGCUUCAUGAUCGUGCCAAGGUUGUUAAGCUACUCGCGGCGAUUUCAGCCAUGGGACUCAACGAGAAGUCAAGCCUCCCUGAAGAUCUCCGGCGGGUUGGUGAAGCCACUGCGGCGGUUAUGUUGUCUCCUGGACAGCCACAGGGUUGGAUGGAGCUUUCCAACAUUUCAGACAGCUCUUAUCCAGCAGAGAUGGCCAUUCAACGUGCUUUGCGGUGCGUUCCACCUCAUGGUAGCUUGAAUGCCACCGACCUCUGUCAGGCUUACGCGCAAGCUGGGACAGCAGAUGAUGGAUUUCGAGCUAUCAUGGUGGCGCCGUGGAGAAAGGAGGGUUGGGAGGAGCUGAGGCACGGAGUGUCUAGCAUGGGGUGA